AUGGCUACAACGAGCAAGCAAUACAAGGCGAUAGGCGAGGACAUGUGGAAAGGGAGGACUGAAAAGAUCAAUGCAGAGCUAUUUGCGUUGACCUACGGUGCUCUGGUAGUGCAGCUCAUACAGGACUACGAAGAUUAUGCGGAGGUCAACAAGCAGCUUGAGAAGAUGGGUUACAACAUUGGCACGCGGUUGAUAGAGGACUUCCUCGCUCGCACCCCCAUCGGGCGUUGUGCAGACUUCAGGGAGGUUGGAGAAGUCGUAGCUAAGGUUGGCUUCAAGUCCUUCCUGAACAUCACACCAACCGUCACGCACGCUGCACCUCCUCAAACCGCUCCUGCUCGAAGUAGUACUCCGACAACCCAGCCCAACACGUCAGGCGCCUCCUUUACACUCACGCUGGACGAGAAUCCCCUCGCUGAAUUCGUAGAACUCCCUGAGGAGGCAUUCGAAGGAGGACUGUGGUUCAGCAACGUGCUAUGCGGAGUGUUGAAGGGGGCGCUGGAGAUGAUACAAAUGCAAGUGCAGGUUACAUUUGUAUCCGAUACGUUGCGCGGUGAUGAGACGACUGAGAUUCGAGUGACGUUGGUGAAGUAUCUGGAGGAGGAGGUACCUGUGGGAGACGAUUGA